UCAACCAGCCAUGGAGAUCCGAUCAUCGCUUAUAAAUCCCUGCGUCGUUGUUCGAAGCCCCAGUUUCCUUCUCAACCCUAACUUUCCACUCUGCAGCGCCCAGCCACUGGUCAACAUUCCUUACCAUCCUGCCAUGGGGCAAGCUGCCGUCCUCCUCAUGGCAAUAGCCAUAGCUUUAGCUCUCAGUCCGACAGCCACGGGAGACAUCGGGGGAGGUCGGAGAAGCCGAUUUCUGGCCGUGACGGCACCCAAGAACAAGAAGUGCAGCAUCGAUCCUACGGUCUGCUACGGCGCUGCGAGCCCCGGGCGGCGCUGCUGCGGUGACCAGUGCGUCGACACUGACAGCGAUCCCUUCAACUGCGGCAAGUGCGGCAAGAUGUGCAAGUUCACGCGGGCUUGCUGCGAUGGGAAGUGCGUGAGGUUGGCGUUCGAUAAGAAGAACUGUGGGAGCUGCUUCAACCGGUGCAAGAAGACCUGCAUGUAUGGCUUGUGUGACUACGCUUAGACGAAGGAUUGCAGGCGAAUCAAAGCCUUCCUGCAUUUGUUUGAAUACCAAUAAAUGCGUCAAUGCAAUUGGCCUUUUUAGUUGAGGUCCAUAUCAUUAAACUGAAGGGUCAUUAAUAGACAUGUAUUAUUCCCA